AUGUCCAAUCCACCAGCAAAACCCCCACAAAUACCGAAACACGUCUCGCAACCAACCCAGUGGCUCUGCUGCAACUGUCCCCGCACAGCACGCACAGUAACAAACCGCCGCCAAAAAUCCACUCAAAUCACAAUUCCACCUCAACCCACCAUCUCAUCCCCAUCCAAGUCGUCCUCCCAACCCUCCAAAUCCACCCAAUAUCUCUCCUCGCAACAAUGUCCAAAGUGCGCCCACACACUCUGUCCAACCUGCACAACCGACCCCGCAAUCUGCGGCCGGCAUCUAGUCGAAGAACUUGAAUCGAAACUCUUCGUUAACAGAAUGGUCAGACUGGCCGAUGCGUUGGAGGAGGGAUGGGGGUUAGAUAGUGAUGAGGAGGGGGAGAUACGGGAGGAAAGCGGUGAGGGAAGGAGGAGAGACGAAUUACCAUGUCUAUUCCAGCAACAACCUGGGAUGCGAAGGCGGUUUGGGAAGAUAGGUGAUGAAUGGCUGAAUCCGGGUGGUGAUAAGAAGGGUUAA